AUGGUCGAAGAUACCAACAUCUUAGCGAGCACCCCUACAUAUUUGUGCGAUUAUCGUGACACACCUUUGGACUACGCUGACCUGCUCCAGCCCAACGAUGAACAAGAGCAGGACCGACUGGACAUGCUUCACCAUAUAUAUCGGCUCGUGCUGGGCGGCAAGCUAUACACAAUUCCGCUUGUGAGCCCACAACGAGUACUGGAUAUUGGGACUGGCACGGGACUGUGGGCGUUACAGUUUGCGGAGUGGGGCCUCAUAUGCUAUGCUAGAUAUUCUGUGCUGACGUGGUUCCAGCGAGUUUCCCGGGGCAGAAGUAAUAGGACAGCGCCGAAUUGUCGCUUCAUUAUCGAUGACCUCGAGCAAAACUGGGCUUACCCCACCGGCAAAAGUUUCAACUAUAUCCACCAGCGCAGUUUGUCCGGCAGCAUCGGAGACUGGACAAGGUUAUACAAGCAGGCACUGGCUAACCUUCAGCCCAAUGGCUGGCUUGAGAUUCAAGAAUUCGAAGUCUGGUUCUACUCACAGAAGCCCGGGGGCUUACCGAAAGACUCGGCUAUCACUAAAUGGCAGAAUUUGAUCGAUGAGGGGAGCCUCCAACUUGGACGGCGCCUCAAUUAUGCAUGUUGUUUCAAAAAUCAUCUCGAAGAGGCUGGGUUUGUGGAUAUUCAGACGCAGGUCUUCAAGGCUCCGAUAGGCGCAUGGCCUAAAGACCGCAAACUUCGUGAUAUAGGGAUAUUUCUCCAAGCACAAAUGAGCCGAGCCCUCGAAGCUGUCACACUCGGAUAUUUCACCCGUGCCCUUGGCUGGUCGGAACUUGAAACUAAGGUCUUUCUCGCUCAGGUGAGGAACGAGUUUAAUGAUCGAUCACAACAUCUUUACACGUUUUGCUGGUUUGUUUCAGGCAGGAGACCUAUGGAUACUAGCAAUAUCAUCUAG